GCUUAAUUGCCCAAUUCGCGGGAAACGCAAGAAAAAAACCUAAAGUUUUCGUGGAUGGACAAGUUGGAACGAGCAGUGCGAAGCUUGCCAAGUCCAAUGUAAACAAAAAUCAGAUUUCCAAAUCGGAGAGCCUGCAAUUGAAUUAGCUUCGCUAUUAAAUGAGAGUUUGUUGUAAACAUUGAUAAGUGCUAUAAAAGACAAACGCAUGGAGUCGCAUGAGAGCAGUCGUCAAACGGAUAUGGCGGCGGACGAUUCAAAGUUUGAGUCAGAGGCAGAGUCUGAUUCGAGCCAUGAAACAAAUAAUGGAGAGCUACCAGACCUGGAGCAAAUCAAGGAAGAUGAUAAUUCUGCGCAAGAGUGUAACAAGGCGAAGGAGAAUCGGCUGAAAGAGCGUGAGGAGCGACCACUUGUUCUGGAGGAAAGGCACUCGCUUUCUAUAGCCGAAACAAAGAAGCGUCGGGCCAACGUCUACUCCAAUGAGAAUCUGUUUAUACCCAAAGAGUUGGCUCGGGGUAAGCUCUAUCUGCGCAAAUAUCAGUCUUUGGAUCAAAUUAGUAAAAACACUGAUUACUGCAUGAGAAUGCUCAAAUUUCCGGUUGGAUCGGGUCGAGCGCGUUACGUAGCCCAACAAAUGAAGAGGAAAAAAACAAAGAAAUUAAUGGAAGUUCCAAAAGAACUACCCGACGAGACAACGUCAAAAGAAAAAUGCGAGAUCUCAGUAGACAGCAGCAAUGAAGAGUUGUACAUCAAGCAAGAGCCGAACGAAAGCCCAGAGAUAGAUAAGUUUGAUGACUUGAACCAGGCUCUUAGCAUGACCAACCUCAACUUGGAGCAUACGAAUAGAAAUCAGCUACACAGCGAUGACGAGGGCUGCAUCAUACUGGAAGAGAUACUCAAUACGUCUUUAUCCGGCUCCAAAGAGGAUGGCACCGAGGAGUUCAUAGAGGUCGUCUCCAAUCGUCAACUUAGUCAAGCUGCGAACUUAGAGUUAAAGCCCAAGAGCGAAGAUGAGCCGCUGGACAAGCCAGAGCCGCUGGUGGACAAGCAAGAGCCGUUCAAAAUGCCACUCUUACGUUGGCACAAUCCGGACGGGAAUGAGCAGGAUAUCAAAAUGGGAGUUGUGGAGGAGCUGGAGCAUAUGAGUUUGUCGGCCAAUGUGGGCUUCAAUGGGGUAACAACAGCGGCCGCAGUUCAUGUGGAACAACGAGAGGAGCAGCUCAAUGGACAGUUUCAGAAUUUUUCAGAUGUGUCUCUAGACGAAUUCCAGAUACUAGAAAGAAUGAAACAACAGCAACUGGAGCAUACAGAAGAUACAGAGCUACAACAACAAUGUUACGAUACUGCUACAGAGCAACAAUGUGAGGAGCUAGAAGAGUCGCCGCAGCAGCAGUUGCCAGCUGAAAGUAUGCAAUAUAUUCCUAAUGGGCAGUAUGCAAUGCCCACUGAGCGAGUCACAACCUCAAGUUAUGCGUCCAGUGAGACGCCACACCUGAUGCCAGACACUGUCUUGCCGCCCCUUUAUCCUGGCAACCAACUGCAAUCUACUAUCGUGGAGGCGGAAGCGCAGGCGCAGACGCAAGCUCAGGCUCAGGCUCAAGCGCAAGCGCAAGCUUUGCAGUUACAGCAGCAGCAAAAUUACUUUCAAAAGCAAUAUUUAGAAGCGGGUCAAAAGGAGUUGAGCCAGCUCAAUGCACAGUAUCAGAAACUGAAAGGCCAUGAGGAUAAGCAGCUCAAGGAAUUUAGCAAGGCACUCAAGGAGAUCCAUGCGAAUCGGCUGAUUUGUGAACGCGAACAUGCUGACUAUCAUAGAAAAUUCAUGAUUAAAAUGAUCGAGAGCAAAAAGCAAGAGGAGACUAUUCAGGCCCAUAAGAACGAAAUAAAAAGACAGCUGGAUGCUGAACUAAAUAGCCUGCAAGAGCGCAUUGCUAAAAAGCAGCACCAGCUGCAGGAAUGUUCGCGGUCAUUGCAAUGGCAGCGACAACAAUACGAAUACCAGCARCAACAACAACAGCAGGAUGCAUUUGCACAGUGCGUAGCCAGGUCCAAGUCGCCAGGUUCACAGCUGAAGGGACAGCGCCGACUCUUGCCAGCACCGCCGCAAGUUGUCUACAUGCAACCUCCGGUGACAGUUCGCUCAAAUGAAUUCCAAUCCUACAGCGAUAGCAUUCUGCCACAUCGACACACGCUGGACAGAUGCAGCACUCCGCAUCCACUUCAAUCCACAUCGAAUGGCCUUGUGAAUCCUUGCAGAACAAACUACCCAAGCUUUGCUACGGCAACAACCACAAGCAAUAUAAUGGCAACUGGCCAUCAUGUUACGCUGACUGAAACUCCGACUCCUGGUGGCAGGAGCUCGUUGAAUCCGGCAAUUGAGCAAACUGCGAUAACGUCCAUUAUGAGCAACUAUGUCUCCAAUUAUCUGAACGAUAUGGAGUCAAACAAUUCCUAA